CUGAAGCUUGACCCUACACCCGCUGCCGCCCCCACUCCUCCAGCGCCGUCUCUCUCCCCUUCCCCUCCAGCCACUCCAGCGCGCCGCCUCCAUCCCCAAUCCACCGCCGCCUCCGGCCUCCUCCAUCGUUCCAGCGCUGCCUUGUCGACGUCCAGCCGCCCCCUCGCCGUCCAGCCACUCCAGACCCCCUUGACGUCCAGCAACUCCAGCGCCGCCUCUCUCCCCAUCGACCGGCGCCUCCCUCGUCUUCCAGAUCCGCCCCACCGCCUCGUCCUCCUGUUUCCCUCCCAGCCCAGCGCCUCCCAACCAACGUGCAUUGCUCAAGCAAUACACAGAAAAAGGUCUUACGAAAUCAGGAAGGUGUAGCCCAACGAAGGCCAAGUUUGAGAAGUGACAGUGCCGCAACACAACCCUCUCCAUUGACAGGUCCACUGCGCCCGGAAGUCUUAUACACACAGCCGGCCAUGUGCACACCACAAACAGCCUCCGGCCGCAUCCGGCUGAACGUCGGCGGGCAGGUGUUCGAGACGACGGCCGACACUCUCAGAGGCGCAGGCGAGGGAACCAUGCUCGCCGCCAUGUUGGAACCCUGCUGGAAUGCCGGCGCCACCGGGGGCGUGCCCGAGUACUUCAUCGACCGCGACCCGGCCUGCUUUGCCUCGCUCCUCAACAUGCUCCGCACGGGCGAGCUGCAUGUCCCGGCCGGCGUCCCGGAGCGGAUGCUCUUCCAGGAGGCGUCCUACUACGGCCUCCUCGACCGUGUCCGCGCCACUCGCAUCGGUGAGCUCGACCUCAGCAGGACCCGGCUGGCGGCAUCCGUGCCGCCGGGGCGGGCGCCGGUGGACCGCCCGGCCGUCCGCGCAGCGCCAGACGGAGGGUGCUGCGUCACGCAUGGCCCCAUCGUGCGGGUCUACAACUGGAUGCUCGAGGAGCGUCAGCCAGUCUGCCUCACGCCUGUUGAGCCGGUCCGCGAUGCUGUCUACCUCAGCGACACCACGCUCCUCGUUGGGGGACGUGGCAUGGCAGCAUUCUCCGUGCUCACCGGCGAUCUGAGUCACCACUUCCGCAUAGCGCACGAGGGCAAGAAGACAGCUCGGCUUUUUAACGCGAGGGCGCUGGCCUUUGACCAGCAAACAAACGUCUUUGCUAGCUGCAACAACUCGGGCAUAACUCCAGAAAUUGGCUACGGCAUCGGUGUUUGGGACUGCAUCACCGGCGAACAAACAAGCUAUUUCUUUGACCGGAAGUACGUCUACGCUCUGACCGACGCCAGCAAGCUUCAGUGGUUGGCAAGCACCAACGCUCUCAUGGCGGUCAAGGCAUGCUUACCGAAAGAUGCUUUUUCACCGUCUUCCAUCACUCUGGUGGAUUUCCGGGAUAUGAGUGUUGUGUGGUCAUGGUCCGUCGGCAGCCGGAGAUUGGAUGAAAAGCAUGUUGCCGAUGCCGUCGUGAUGGAGGACGAGAGGUCGGUCCGCUUGAUCAGCCAGAACCAUGAUCUCGGGUUCCUCGACAUCCGUUCUCGGGGCUCUUUCCAGCAGCCGUGGACAUAUCAGAGCAAGGCGACGACUCCGAUAUGCUAUCCGAAGCUCGCCGUGCAUGGUGGGCUGCUCUUAGCGUCCAAGGAUGACACCAUCUCGGUAUAUGGCGGCCCAAAUCAUGACCACCUGAGGCUGGCGCUGCGUGGGAGCCAAGGCGGUGGCGCCAUUGCCGACUUCUCGGUUGGGGGCGACCGUCUCUUCGCGGUGCAUCAUGAGGACAACGUGCUGGAUGUGUGGGAGACACUGCCACCUCCCAUCGCCUAAUAUUUAGGCUAUCGUCAUUGAUCUACAUUCGUACCAGUCUACCGGGGCUUGGAUAGUGAGCCGGCUUGAGAUCGUAAUAUAUAUUUGUGCUUUGGUGAUGAAUUGCUGGGUGGUUAGUUGUACGUCUGAGAAGAAGAUGAACUGAGGUAAGAUGAAGUGUUUAAUUUGAGUCGCACCUGCUUAAUUAGUUUUUUUAGGGGUACCUGCUUAAUUAGAUUAACUGAGGUAAGAUGAAGGUAGACCUCACUUGCCAGCACUCCCCUAUAACUUAUGGGUUCUAGUCAGCACAUUGAGAAUUAAAUUAGGAUUUGAUCACCCGUGAGUGAUGCUAUUUUUGCUUCUAAUUUUAUUCUCCGUUACUGAAUACUAGGACCUUUUUUCUUAGUUUUCAUGUUAUAACAAAAUCAAAGUUGGUAGCGUACUUGCUGCAUUCAAGACUA